AUGUCUGAAAAUCUUUCUUCGUAUCAUGAAUAUUCUACAAGCUAUUGCCUUCUUGGUAUAGCGAUUGACAAAAUCUUCACCAUGAAAUUCUCAACAACGCUCCUAAUAUUUAACUUAGUAAUUUCCCACGCUAUAAUUCCUAAUACGAAAGAAUCUUCUGAUCACGGUGUACUAUGCAAAAUAAGUGAAUCAGAAGCCACAAGGCGCUUUGUAUCACGACUGAAAAUGAAACACAUACCAAUCGUCUACCAAUUUACAGAUGGAUGUUCGAUAUCUCGUAUUGUAUUUAACAUAUCUGGAGGAUGUAAUGAAGAAGAGAACGAAUUGUGGCCAUCAGCCUCAAUGGACGAGUCAUAUUCGGUGAAGAUUGACAACGGCACGAUAAGUAUUCAUUCAGAAGAGAUUUGGGGAACGUUACAUGCAUUUGAAACAAUACUUCAAUUGGUGUACAGAAGUGAACUCGGUCAGAAUGUGAUAUUUCAACGCAAAGUAGAAGAUUCGCCAAGACUUCCACAUAGAGGAGUGUUGAUUGGCACUUCCAAGCAUUAUCUGAGAACUGAAGCUAUCAAAAAUAUUACAGCUGCAUUGUCAAUAAUGAAGAUGAAUGUAUUGCACUGGCAUAUGACAGAUGAUGAAUCCUUUCCGUAUUCUUCCACCGUUUAUCCUGAAUUAUCUUCGAAGGGAGCAUAUCAUCCACGUGAAUAUGUAUAUGAAAGGGGUGAGAUUGGCUCGUUGAUAGAAUUCGCCCGACUACGUGGAGUUCGCGUGAUAGUGGAAUUUGAUACACCAGGCGAGAAGAUGAAGCGAUCCAGAAAUUUAUGA